AUGGAAGAUUUGGAUUUUGGCAACAUGACGGAGGAAGCUAAAACCAGAUGGCUCAGACCCAACGAGAUUCAUGCCAUACUCUGUAACCACAAGUAUUUCACUGUUCAUGUCAAACCCAUGAAAUUGCCAAAAAGCGGCACAAUUGUGUUGUUUGACCGUAAGAAGCUGCGCAAUUUUCGGAAAGAUGGCCAUAACUGGAAAAAGAAAAAAGAUGGGAAAACUGUCAAAGAAGCACACGAACACUUAAAAGUUGGUGAUAAGGAAAGGAUUCAUGUAUAUUACGCUCAUGGAGAAGACAGUCCAACUUUUGUGCGAAGGUGUUACUGGCUGCUUGACAAGUCCUUAGAAAAUAUUGUCCUUGUUCAUUAUCGUGAAACUCAAGAGGUUUCGGGCCCAGCCACACCUGGAAACUCUAAUUCUAGUUCAGUUGCCUCAGACCCUUCUGCCACUUGGCGUUUGUCGGAAGAACCCAAUUUUAUGGUCAACGACAGGGGUAAUGACUCAUCAUAUAUUUUUCUCGUGAACAUAGAAGCACAUGAACAAAGACUUCACGAAAUAAAUACACUUGAGUGGGAUGAGCUUUUGGUGCCAGAUAAUUCCAACAAGCCCGUUACUCCUCAAGAAGGUAUUUAUACACAGGAUGACCCCCUGGUAACUGACCAAGUAUCACCAAAAAGUUCCAGCAACAGUUUCUCAGGACAUGGUGCAUCUGGGAUUUAUUGUAUGGACUAUAAUAUCGCAAACAAUGUAUCCUACCAGAGUGCUCCAUGCGAAAAAAAUGCGAAUUCAGAGAAUUUUAUUUCCAGGCUGGGGGAAUUAGUUGCAUGCAGAUCUUUAAAGAAUAUAGGGAAAGACGGUUUAGUAUCACAGGACAGUUUGGGAAUGUGGAUGCCAAAUGCAAAUGCCGACUCCUCACGACCAGUAGAUUGCCAAGGUCUGGAACCUUCGAUUUCAGCCGGACAUGAAUCUUUCACAUCUUCAGUGAUGGAUAAUCAUCUCUCGUCUGUUCCGAGCCAGAUGUUCAACAUAACUGACGUCCUGCCUUCAUGGGCUCUUUCAACUCAAGAAACAAAGGUAAUAGUUGUUGGGUUUUUCAAUGGAGGCCAACUACCCCAGACGGACUUCAGUUUACAACUUACUUGUGGGGACUCAGUUGUCCUCGUUGAAACUGUGCAAACUGGAGUAUAUCGUUGUGUAAUUUCACCUAAAAAACCUGGAUUAGUUAAUCUCUAUCUCAGUUUUGAUGGGCACAACCCUGUCAGCCAAGUCUUAACUUUUGAGGUUCGUGCACCAGAAGUGCCCAGUAGGAUGAUGACAACUACUGCAGAUAAUAAAUGCAAUUGGGAAGAAUUUCAACUUCAGAUGAGGCUUGCACGUCUGUUAUUUUCGUCUUCAAAGAGCCUCAGUUUAUUUUCCAGUAAAGUAUCCCAAAGCACCGUGAAAGAAGCUAAAGCUUUUGCAGAGCGAACAUCAGACUUAUCACAUAGCUGGGUCAAUUUUGCCAAAGUGAUUGAAGGAGCUAAAAUGCCAUUUCUCCAGGCAAAAGAUGGCUUGUUCGAGUUGACUCUACAGAAUAGGCUUCAAGAAUGGUUACUGGAGAAAAUAUUGUCAGGGUCCAAAAUCUUUGAACAUGAUGAACAAGGUUUAGGCGUAAUUCAUUUGUGUGCGAUCCUAGGCUAUACCUGGGCAGUUCUCCCGUAUUCAUGCUCUGGGUUGUCAAUGGACUAUCGUGACAAAUGUGGGUGGACAGCUUUACACUGGGCUGCAUAUUAUGGAAGGGAGAAAAUGGUGGCUGCACUCUUAUCCGCUGGCGCAAAGCCGAACCUAGUGACGGACCCCACCUCAGAUAACCCUGGCGGGUACACGGCGGCUGACCUGGCAUCGAAAACCGGUCAUGACGGCCUGGCCGGGUACCUUGCAGAGAAAGGUUUGGUGACACAGUUUAACGAGAUGGCGAUUGCUGGAAAUGCGAGCGGCACACUCCAUACCCGCCAGAGUGAUGAUGUCAUCACUGUCAGGGAGGAGGAAGAGAUGUAUCUCAAGGACACGCUGGCUGCCUACCGGACGGCAGCCGAUGCUGCCGCUCGCAUACAGGCGGCGUUCAGAGAGCACUCGUUUAAGGUGCGGAAAACAGCGGCUGCGGCAGCUUGCGAUACGGAGGUGGAGGCUCGUAGCAUAGUGGCAGCCAUGAAAAUACAGCAUGCCUUCCGCAACUACGAGACACGCAAACAGAUGGCGGCGGCUCUCAGGAUACAGUACAGGUUUAGGACGUGGAAGAUAAGGAGGGAUUUCCUCAACAUGCGCCGUCAUGCCAUAAGGAUUCAGGCAGCAUUCAGAGGUUUCCAGGUUCGGAGACAGUAUCACAAGAUUGUGUGGUCGGUUGGAAUUCUCGAGAAAGCGAUUUUGCGCUGGCGCCUCAAGAGAAAAGGCUUCCGUGGCCUGCAGGUUCAACCGGGAGAUGUUACAUUUAAGGAUCCAAAUGUAGAAAGUGACCCAGAAGAGGAUUUCUUCCAGGCUAGCAGGAAACAAGCCGAGGAGCGUGUAGAGAGAUCCGUCGUUAGGGUCCAAGCUAUGUUUCGAUCAAAACGAGCUCAAGAAGAUUAUAGGAGGAUGAAAUUGGAACAUAAUAAAGCCACGCUUGAAUAUGAGGGACUUUUUCAUCCUGAUGCAACCAUGUCAUGA